GAAGUGAUUUCUCUCUCAAACCUUUAGCUGCUGAGUAUUUUAGGCUUGAAUUAUCUCUAUGCCUGGCAACGAAGUUGGGGACAGGAUCCAUAAUUUCCUUGGUCAAGAGGGCUUGUCCCAAGGCCAGCAUAAUUCACCGUACCUAGACACUGCCUGGCCUGGCUUAAGUAACAAUCUAUGGGUUGGAGGCCAGAGACAAGUCAGUGGACCUCUUGUUUCCAGUUUGAAGAAUUUUAGUGCACAUCAAUUAGCUGAGUCUGACAGAGGACAUCGUGGUCAGUCUUCAAACCAGCAGCAUGACAUGAACUUCACUCAAUCAGGUUUGAGGCCUGAGAUAGCUAGAAGUCAGUUACAAAACCAAUCACUAAAUGCAAAUGGCUAUUUUCUAGGGCAUCAGGCUCUUCAGGCAAGGCAGAAUGAAACAAACUUUUCAGGAGUGGAUGCAGCAUCUAGAUGCUUGUCACCUCUUGAUUCACAGAUGGGAAAUGGUCCUGAUCUUCAUAAGAAAAAUUCCCCGAGGUUGGAAACUAAUGAAUCUCCUGUAAAUUACGAUUUUUUUGGAGGGCAACAACAAAUUACUGCACAGCAUUCUGGCAUGAUCCAGCCUUCGUCUAGGCAGCAAUCAGGGAUGAAUGACAUGCAGCUAUUACAGCAACAGCAACAUACUAUGCUUAAACAAAUGCAUGAAUUACAGAGGCAACAACUCCUGAAGCCACAGUUUCGGUUACCGGAUACAAGGCAGUUGAGCACUGCAAAUCAGGUUUCCUCUACCGUAAAACAAGGAUUUUGUAGCUUUUCUCCAACUCCAAUCAAUGGCCUUCCUCUCCAUGAUGCUUCAAAUUAUUCCUGGAAGCCUGAACACAUGACACCAAAUGCAAAUUGGCUGCAGCACGGUGCAACUCCAGCCAUGCAUGUAUCCUCUGGAGGAUUUACGUUUUCCCCGGUGCAAGGGCAGGUGUCUUUGAUGGGUUCGGUUCCUCAACAGGUUGAUCAAUCAUUUUAUGGGAUCUCAACUGGUGGUGCAAGAAGAAAUCCAUGUCAACAUUCUUCUGUCCAGAUGGAUAAGCCUUCAAUGCAGCAGGUGCCAGCCAGCAGUAAUUCUUUUCCAAGUAAUCAGUAUGCCGUAUUUACAGAUCAAGUUGGCUUGCAAGAUGGAACUUUGGUUUCUAGACAGGGCGAUCAGGGUGAAAAUGUGUUUGUGACUGCAGCAGGACAAGGCUUAAAUAUUGGAUUUCAUUCAGAAAACUUGCAGGAAAUGACUAUCCAGCCAAAAAACGUGGUGAUGCAGGAGUCUUGUGGAAGGCAAGAGCUUCCUGGUCCAUCAGAAUAUCCCUAGAUAAUUCAACGAUUCAGGCUGCCCCCUCACAUAGUGUGGCUACACUAGAUGAAACGGAAGAAAAGAUUUUGUUUGGUUCAGAUGAUAGUGUGUGGGAUAUCUUUGGAAGGAGCAUCAACACGGGCUCAUCGUUGGAUGGCACGGACUCAUUUGGGAGACUGCCUUCUUUGCAAAGUGGCAGUUGGAGUGCACUUAUGCAGUCUGCUGUAGCAGAAACAUCAAGUAAUGAUUUAGGGGUACAGGAAGAGUGGGGUGGUUUAGGUGUGCAGAAUAGUGGAUCUCCAAGUGGGAAUAUGCCAUCACAAAUUGUCAAUGAUGGCAGCAAAAAUCAAUUGGCUUGGGUUGAUAACAAAUUGCAGACUGCCUCGACAUUGGACUCUAAGCCUUUUCCAAUAUCUAGUGAUGCCAAUAUCAAUCUUGACUUUUUUAACGUCCCUGAGGU